CCCUCGAAUCCCUUCUCUCACCUCUCAUGACAGACUAAUCCCUCAGCUUCCAUUAAUAAGUACCACUUUUUUUUUCGCAAACUUCUCGUUCAAACCACCUUCCCCCAAAAGCUCUGAUCAUCUUUUUCCACUUUCCUGCUUUUUUUUUUUUCUCUGACUAGUGGGCACUAAUCUCUGCAAUCACCCCAUCUCUGCGUAAGAAUUUUCCCUUACCUUCCUUCAGCCUAGUGAGAUCCCUGCUAAAAGGCUACCCCCCGCCCUCCUUCUCGAAACCAUUGCAAAUCAUGAGGCAUUCAUGAUAUAAUCACAGCUCAUCCCCCUUCUUUUUCAAUUGCUCCCUCUUCCUGUCAUAGAUAGAUCCUUUUUCGCAACUCUCAUGCUUUCCCGUUUUCUCUUGUGUACUGUGUCAAUUCACUGCGUGCUUCUGUAAUUGACCCAAAUCUCCACCAUGUUCACUACAUCGCAGCCAGUAAUUCGAAGCUUGACGAGUUUGCCAGACCUCUCCUUAAACAUAAGCCCGCCGUGUAUUUCAGAAUGGGAAGUCAAAGAAGUUACGAGCAAAACGCUUUAUAAUGACAUAUGCUCAACUUCUGAUUCUGGUAGCAGUGCUGGGAGUGACUUAAGCCAUGAGAACAGCUUUCUUCACCUUGGCCAUCCUGAGCCCACAUUGAGCCUGGGCUUAGAAACCCCAGAUUUGAAUCCCCAUCUUUUACAAGGAGUGCUCUCAAGAAACGCUAAUUAUCACUUCCACAACCAUCAACCCCCCCUUCAUGCCCGGUGCUUUAAGCGAAAUGCUAGAGUCAUUAGUGGUGCGAAAAGAAGCAUCAGAGCUCCUAGAAUGAGAUGGACCACGACUCUUCACGCACAGUUUGUUCGAGCUGUUCAGCUCCUUGGCGGUCAUGAAAGGGCCACUCCAAAGUCGGUAUUAGAGUUAAUGAAUGUUAAGGAUCUAACCUUAGCCCACGUCAAGAGUCACUUGCAGAUGUAUAGAACAGUGAAGAGCACCGACAAAGGUACAGGUCAUGGGCAGACGACAGAUAUGGGUUCGAGCCAAAGGCCAGAGAUAAAAAAUGUGAAUGUGCAUGGAGCUUCAGCCUGUGAGGGAGCUGCCCGUUUAUUACCACAAUCGCUCCAGAAACCUCUCAGAGCAUCGUGGCAAUCGUCAAUGGAGACAAAAAAAUAUGACGAUAGACAAAAACCCCAAAUUGAUUUGACGCGUUCUCGUGAUCUCAAGGCAAAGGAAACAAAGGUAGAUGGAGGGAAUAUAGGGCUGUGGAAUUGCGUGAAGGAGAGGUUGGGUUGUAGCAAUUUGUCACCUUCGGAUGUGAUGCAUGACCUCGACUUCACACUCGGAAGACCCAGUUGGCAAACAUGACCACGCCGAAUCUUCAACAGAGUUAUGACUCUUCUCUCAAGUGUUCACCGCCAGGCACUGGCUACCUGCUAACCACACUAACCCCGUUCCCAGUCAUGAACGUAGUUACAUGAUAUGGAUAUCUAUAAUUAAUGCAGCUAGCAAAUUCAGUGGAACAUGUAAUUUAACAAUAAUAUUCUCGAUCUUGUUCCAUUCCAUGACGGGUCAUUCUGAGUUUUUUGUAUGGAAAAAGUGGGGGAGGAGAAAGAGAUAAGAUUUUGCUAUGAAACAUAUGCUUCAGUCCAAGAAUUUGAGGACAUUGUCUUUGAUGUCAUUAUCAAAGCAGUGUAAGAUUCAAUGAUUUUAUAAUGGUUCUUUCAGGCCAUGGACCAUGGUUGGUCUGUAGUCGGGCAGAAGAGGACCCAUGUAUUCGAAUAUUGCUACACGGCAUGAUAUUGGACAGGUGGGUCAAGAUUUAUGUCCUGCUAUAUCUAUUCAAAGCGA